AUCAAAACCAACAGAUUCACAUCGUUGCGGCUCGCCGGAUGUUCUGCCCUGCCCCGCGUGGCAAAGGUCCUGUCUAUGGCCAGCCGACUUGGGCGAGUUUCCGCCCUCCGGGCCCUCUGGGCACUUCGGAUGCUCGAGGCCCCGCCCCCAUGGCUCAACCGUGGCCUGCUGUGGUUCAACGGGGCCGACCGUUGGCUGUGGCAGUGGAGGAGAAACGCUCCCUCAGCAGCGCCGGACUGAGCAGCGCACCCUCUUCGGUAUCUUCAAUGCGUUCACGAGUGAUUCGGAAGAAUGGACUUCGACCCUGCUCGUCUACUCCUUGCCUGCAAGCCCACGAGGGUGCGCCUCAGUUCUUUGAAGCCCCACCAUUAGCCAAGCAUUUUGCCACUCAGAUGUACCGUCCUCCUAGCCCACCACGUAGCUUUUCUACGACAAAUUUAGCACCACCUCAAGUGCCAUUCUCCGCUUGUCCAAACACUGGGCUUGCUCCUUGCCUACAAUCCAAUGAGGUUGGGGAUGUCUCCUUCCAAGAGGCCUCGCCAUUUACCGCUCAGCAGCCGCAGCAGGCAUCUCAUGUCCCACAGACACAUCCUUCGAGUCCGCAGCGUUGUAGCUCAACGCCAAGUUCAGUGCGGCCACAGACACCGGGCAGCACUUGCCCGAGCUCUGGGUGUGCUCACGAUGUCCCGGGCGCUUUUGACGCCCCAAAGAGGCGGCCUAGUGAGACCAUGCAGGUGUUCAAGGUGGACAAAAGCUCAAGAAGUCCUUCAACACAGGCUCUGGAUCCACGGCCCUUUGGUGCCAAUGACGUGGCAAAGAUCCCGUCAAGGCAGUGCCCACAAGAAGCACUACCAGCUGAAGCAGAAGAGCUCUUGCGCAGCUUAGGCCAGCCCUGCGGUCCCUGCGGAGCCUCCAGUCCGAAAAGUGAGACGCCAAACAAGGCUGAACUGCGCCAAUGUCGGGCAAUGCUGGGAAGGCAGGCAGAACAACUGCGCCAUCAGAAUGGGGAGAUUCGCCGUCUCCGAUCGUUUCCAGCUUGCUCUCAGGCGGCCAGUACCCUGAGCAUGCAGGAUGCGCAAUGCGAGAUCAGCUGCUUGCGUGCGUCGAUCAAACGACGCGAGGCAGAGGUGCACUUGGCACAGGUAGAGCUCGCAUACCUGAACACAUUAGUUGCUCAGAAGGACCUUCAGCUCCAGAAGGCUGAAGAACAACUGGUCUCGUCUUCUCCUAGCGAGGCACCAUCUCGGUCUCUGGCAAAGCGCAUUGCCAAGGAAGAGCUUGCCUGUGCCGAAGCGGAGGCGGAGCAUAUGCUUCAGCCAUUGGCAGCAGCCAGAGAAGGCUUCCGGCGUGAUCCAUUGGCGCGACAGUCAUCUUUGGAUGGUGACAGCAGUGAGGCUGCUCCCAUGCUAAGUGCUUCUGAGAUUGACACUGCCACAGCGGCAGGUCAGCGAGUUCUGGCUUCUUUGAGGCGCGCACGAGAAGCAUUGGAGCGCUCCCCUUGUCUCUCGCCCCCACGUGAUCUUGGUGGUAUGAGCUGUUCUCCUUAAAGCUGUUGCAAGGUGUCUCUACGACCUUGAUGCUUCAGUUGGAUCUCAGAACGGGCUCUCCAUGGGUUGAGUUCAAGGUCCGAGACCAAUUCGGGCAGAGCUUGUCCGGAAGCUUGAAGAAGUCAUUCUGUUGUAGGCUGCAGAGAUGUUUUCCGAUGCCACAUCACUCUAGCCUAUUCGGGCUGUUCUGUGAGUCAGACUGACUCGCAAUGUACGGGGUUCACCCUCUACACCGCAGGUGCCAAUGGGGGA